AUGAGCAAGGUCUGUAGAGGGUGGAAUUAUACCUCUAAUCACUCGGAAGAUGAGGAUGGUCGGAUCAUUAUAAUCUGGAAGGAUACAGUCUCUGUACGGGUCCUGAAGCAAUCUAGCCAAUCUGUCACAUGUGAAGUUAAGCUCCCUGGCUCUCCUCUGUUUGUGUUCACUUCUAUCUACGCAUUUAACGAGAGAGUCGACCGUGCUGAUCUAUGGGUGGAGCUUCUUGAUAUCUAUCAAUCCCACUCCCUGGACACUGUUCCGUGGGUUCUAGGGGGAGAUUUUAACCAAAUCAUACAUCCAGCUGAGCACUCUCUUCCUGAUGUUAACUCCCUUACUCCUGAUAUGAUAGAACUCAGGGACUGCUUCACUCAAAUGGGCCUCUAUGACUUAAGGUACCAGGGAUCUCUGUUCACAUGGACCAAUCGUCAACCGGAGGAUCCUAUUGCAAAAAAAUUGGACCGCAUCUUGAUCAAUAACCCGGUUCUCAACCUGUUUCCUAACUGUUCAGCCUUCUUCCACCCAACCCUUGUCUCUGACCACAGCCCUUGUACCCUUGACCUAGCCACAAAGAUCCCAGCCUCUGGAAACCGUCCCUUUAAAUUCUAUAAUUACCUCACAAAGCACCCGAGCUUUCACCAAGUAGUGCUUGAUGCGUGGACACAGGCCGGAAACACUGUCUGGAACCUCACCGCCUUAUACUGGAAACAAAAGCAGAUUAAGAACGAUCUUAAACACUUAAAUAGAGAGAAUUUUUCACAAAUUCAGGUGAGAGUGAGUGAAGCUAACCGUGUGCUUUUAGAUGUGCAGGUACAAGUGCUCAAUAACCCAACCACUCAAACAUUUGAAAUGGAGAAGGAAGCGCUUCAGACAUGGAACUUCUUGAGGGAAAUCGAGGAGAAGUACUUUAAACAGAGAUCUAGAGUCAACUGGUUGAAGGCAGGAGACCAGAAUACUGUCUUUUUCUUCAGAAUGGUCCAAACUCGCAUGAAUUUUAAUUUCAUAAGAUCUUUUUGGUUGCCCUCUGGUGUGAUAAUUUCAGACCCGAUCCAGAUGAGCCUGCACGCAGUUACUCACUUCCAAGCGAUACUGGGACCUUCCCCUGCGCCUCCCCUGGGAAUUAUCUCCUCUGCUCAAUGGUUUCAGUCUCUCACAGAGUUCACCUGCUCACCUGACCUCUCUGCCCAGAUGCUCAAUGCCCCCACUGAUGAAGAAAUAAAGACGGUCAUGUUUAAGCUCAACCAGGACAAGGCGCCAGGGCCUGACGGCCUAACUUCUGGUUUCUACAAGCUUCUUGGAGCAUCAUAG